CACACAUUACGUUUAUUAUGCUUCAUGGGCCUCGUUCCCCAAGUUAUUCUAAUCUUACUAUUUUUGAAGGAGAAAAUUUCUACACCUCGGCUUAUUUCAAAAUAUUAUACCGAUCGUACAAGCAAUCGCAUCAACAAAACGUAUAAUAUGACAAUUCCAUACGACUGGUCUGAUACAGCAAAGCGAUUUGAAAACCGAUUGUCACAAAAGAGGAAAGCUUGCAAGAAUUAUAAAUUUCAGAAAAUAUUGAAACCGAAUUUGUAUUACAUACUGGAUAUACCACGAAGAUAUUUGAUGUGCGCUCCAUUUAAAGCUGGAAGUUCAUCUUGGCAUAAAACCUUCUGGGCAAUGAGAAGACAGAGGGCAAAUUUAAGCAUGGAUUCACAAUAUUUCACACAUGGUGAUUGGCAAGGAAAUCAAGGAAGUUCUUUUCAUUUAUCUGACGGAAACCGAAUAAACAUAAUUAAGUCUGUUCACGGUGAUGAUAAUUUUAACGAAAAUCCUCCGAAUGGAUCAAGCUUCAGACUAAUUUUGACUCGUCACCCAUUUGCAAGAUUCAUAUCCGGCUGGCACCAGAAAUUUCAUAACACAGAUAAUUAUUAUUGGAGACAACUGUACAAAAAAUUUCGCAAUUUGAAAUUAUAUACGAAAAAGCUUGAUAAAACUCAUGUAAUGGCAUUUGAAGAUUUUGCCACGUAUGCUGCUGAUAACCCAAAAGUUAUGAAAACGUUGGAUGGACAUUUUAUACCUAUUUCUACACUUUGCAAACCCUGCUCGUUAGAUUUCGUUUACAUUUUAAAAGCAGAAAGUGCAGAUGUAGAUGAACCUUGGUUAAAAAGACGAUUGGGAAUGGAGGAUAUCAAUGUUCUGAGACACGGAAUCGGGCCUGGAGGAAGUGUUAUUAAUGAAAAUCCUAGAACAAAUAUUAAAAAAUAUAUUUCAACUCUCCGGCCAAAUGUGAUAGCAAAAUUAUACGAAAUUUAUGAACAAGAUUUCACUAUAUUUGGAUAUACAUUCAAUUUCACUACAUUAGAAGCUGGUGGCUUUGAAUAGGUGAUGUUGAUUUUUUUGGUGAUGAACAGAGUGGGUCGAAUGUGGGGUUAACAGUUAAAUGAAUUGAUAAAGAAUUAUUGUCAUCCUACUUUUGGCCCACUCUCUCUCUAUAUAUAUGUAUAUAUAUUCAUUAAUUGGAAGCGCAUCUGUGUUGACUCGUGGAGAAACUUGGUACGCUAAAACAGAUGCGCUAUUUGUGGAAUUUACAGGCUUGUGCAUGGGAAUGGGAAACCCACUGGAAACGUCACAUGGGAUGGGAUGGGACAGCACACAUUUGUAUUUCCCAUGAGACAAGAAAACCGUAUGAUUUGAAGGGAAAUGAUGAUAAAACAUUUCGUUAUGGACUUCGUGUCCAUAUA